GAACAUUUUAAGUGUAAUUUAAUUAUUUCCAAGGCUCGCUUUUUUAAACGGAGAGACUUGAUGGAAAAGUAAAAUGAAAUUCCUUGGGUUGAGUUUCUGUUUCUCCCCAAAUCACGAUCUUUCCUGGAAUCACGUUACUGUUCCCAAACAGCGCUUUCUCCGCUCAGGUUGUUGGGUGUGAUUCAACUUUAAGUUAGCAAAAGAGGUUUUGAAAGAUGGCUGCAGUGAGCAAAACAAGAAAUAUGAUCGAGGGUUUUGUGAGAGAUGGAUCAUUUAAAUGGUUGUUGAAAAAUAAAAAUCCAUUUCAUGAAGAGUUUGAGGAGAUGAAAGCCUCUCCAUCUGCUGGCAACAAUUGGAUACACGAGUUAUCACCUGUGGCAAAUAUAGUUGUCCGUAGAUGUUCAAAAAUCCUGAAGAUUCCUGCGGGUCAGCUUCAAGGAAAUUUUAACGGGGAGGUUACUGAUGCUAUAAAAGACCCCUCAUGUUAUGCCCGGAAUUUUCUGGAAUAUUCCUGUUACAAGGCUCUUUCCGUAUAUACACAAGUGAGUGGUUACAUGGAGGACAGGAAGUUUCGACGUCUAACAUUUGAUAUGAUGCUUGCUUGGGAGGUUCCCGAUGCUGCCAGUCAGCCUACCAAUACCAUGGAUAUAGACGAGGAUGCAAGUGUGGGUAUAGAAGCCUUCUCCCGAAUUGCUCCAGCAGUUCCAAUUAUAGCCGAUGUAAUUGUGAGUGAUUAUAUAUUUGAAUUUCUUACCGUAUCAACUGGAAGCCGUCUUCAGUUUUCUACCUUUGAGAAGUACCUUAUUGGAUUGGAGAGGGCAGCCAGAAAACUAAAAUCUCAAUCAGAGUCAUCUCUCCUUUCACCCCAACGAUCUGAAAGAGGGGAAAGAAUUCUGGAAAUUGAUGGCACAGUAACCACCCAGCCCGUUCUUCAGCAUGUAGGGAUCUCAACAUGGCCUGGUCGAUUAACCCUGACAGAUCAUGCUAUGUACUUUGAAGCUCUCCGUGUCGUAUCUUAUGAUAAACCUACAGUUUAUGAGUUGGCUGAUGAUUUGAAGCAGAUUGUGAAGCCGGAGUUGACCGGUCCAUGGGGAACCAGACUUUUUGACAAAGCCUUCUUGUAUAAAUCAGUUUCCUUAUCAGAGGCGGUUGUUAUGGAGCUUCCUGAGCUGAAAGGACAUAAUCGACGUGACUACUGGCUAGCAGUUAUUCGCGAAAUUUUAUACGCUCACAGGUUUAUACGCAAGUUCCAGAUUAGUGGAGUUGAAAGGGAGGAAACACUUUUGAAAACAAUAUUUGGAAUCAUACGAAUGCAAGCCCUGAAAGACAUGAUGACCUCUGCAACCCCACUCAGCUUUGAGGCAGGUCUAAUGUUCAAUGCUUGUGAUCAACUUCCAGGUGGAGAUAGAAUACUGGAAACACUUGCAACAAUCCACUUACGUAAGUCUGGUAAAAGUGGUGGGAUGUCAGCAACCACCAUGGCUUCAAGCUUAGGGAUUGUGUUUGGAAAGAGUUCUGAGAUUGUUGGUGAUGUGAGUGUUGGAGAGCUUACUCCCUUGGAGAAAGCUGUGAAAGAGUCUCGAAGCACUUACAAAAUGGUUGCAAGUGCACAAGCCGCUGUUGAUGGGGUCAAAGUUGAAGGCAUUGACACCAACUUAGCUGUCAUGAAGGAGUUGCUCUUUCCAGUUACCGAACUCGGGAAUCGUCUUGUCAAACUAUACUACUGGGAAGAGCCUAUAAAGUCAUUUAUGUUCUGUUUGGUUUCCACAUACGUCAUUUACAGGGGAUGGCUUUCUUACGUGGUAGGGUUGGUGCUUGCGUUUAUUGCACUUUUCAUUGUGAUAACACGGUGGUUUAGCAGAGGAAGGGAGGUGGACGAAUUCAGGGUGAUGGCACCACCACCGAUGAACACAAUGGAGCAGCUUUUAGCCAUCCAGAACGCAAUUUCUCAGGCCGAAGAGCUAAUCCAAGAUGGAAAUAUUCUUCUUCUUAAACUCCGUGGCCUACUCUUGUCCAUUUUUCCACAGGCAAGUGAUCGGUUUGCGGUUGCGCUUGUGGUUACGGCGGUGUUUGUGGCGGUUGUACCGAUGAGAUAUGUGAUUAUAGCGGUUUUGUUGGAGGAAUGGACCAAGUACUCGCCUAUGAGGAGAUCGAGCACGGAAAGAUUGAACCGAAGACUGAGAGAGUGGUGGUUUAGCAUACCAGCAGCUCCUGUUGUACUGGAAAAGGUUAACGAUGAGAAGAAAAAGAAGUGAGUAAUAUGAUAAUCAGUGUUUGUUUGUUUGUUGUAAGCAAAUGUAAAUAUAAACUCAUAGUUUGCUGCUACUUUUAAAAUGUUUGGAUUUUGUCUAAUAUUUCUUUCUUUGUGGAUGAUGAGCAUUUUACAAAAAUAAACUUAGUUGGAUGACAUAA